CUGGCCCACGGUCUCUUUGGGCCAAUCGUGAUCCACGGACCCACGACCGCCAACUACGACAUUGACCUCGGCCCCGUCAUGCUCCAAGACCGAUAUCACGAGAACGUGUGGCAUGUGUGGGAGAAGUACCAACGCGUCUUCAAUGUGUUGGGGCCUUUCAAGGUCGUCGCUCCCAACGGCCUCAUCAAUGGGCUCAAUCCGUACGACUGUUCUGACUCUGACGAUACCGCUUGUGUGGGCGGAGUGACCGCUCGUUACAACACAACUUUUGAACAGGGCAAGAAACACCUGAUGCGGAUUGUUGGUGCGCAAACUGACGGCUAUAUGAAGUUCACCAUUGAUGGACAUACUUUGACUGUCGUUGCGGCUGACCUUGUUCCCAUUGUGCCAUACACGACAGACAAUAUAAUCUUGGCUAGUGGACAGCGCUACGAUGUGAUUGUCGAAGCGGAUCAGCCAGUUGGAUCUUACUGGCUGCGAGCCAUCUACCAGACGGCUUGCAACUUCAAUGAUAAUGAUAAUAAGGACAAUAUUCUGGGCAUUGUGUACUACGACGGUGCGAACUCAACAGCGGAGCCAACUACGACAGUCAGUGACGACAUCGACAACUCAUGUGGAGACGAGGACUACGAUAACCUGGUUCCUUGGGUACAACAUACUGUGGAUGACAAGGAGGAGCAGAACUACCUUGACGUGGGAUGGUAUUAUGAUACCAGCCUGGUUCUGCACUGGACGAUGCAUGACGGUUAUCUGAGUGUCAACUGGUCUGACCCAACACUUUCAUACGCCUACAACGGCGUUGCUGAGGAUGACUAUCCAGAUAACAGCAAUUCGGCCAACAUCGACGCACCAGGGAAAUGGGUGUAUUGGGUGCUUCAGGACCUCACCCUGACGAACGCUUACCACCCGAUGCACUUACACGGCCACGACUUUUAUAUCCUGGCACAAGGACGUGGCGUGUUUAUCCCAGGAAUCACGAAGUUGAACAAGGACAACCCACCACGCAGGGAUACGGUGACUCUUUACGGCACCGGCUACACUGUGAUUGCGUUCAAGCUGGACAACCCGGGCACCUGGCUAUUCCAUUGCCAUAUCGCAUGGCAUGCGUCCCAGGGGCUGGCAAUGCAGCUGAUAGAGAACCAGUCUCAGAUUCCGUCCGUGGUUGGAGAUGACACGGAAAUGAACGACAGGUGUGCGGCAUGGAACUCAUACUACACGUCUCCUGCAGGAUCAAGUUACCAGCAAGAUGACAGUGGCAUUUGA